GAGCCCAUUUUUGUCUAGAUGCAAAAAUUUGGGUUGCAGCCGUCAAGCCAUACAUAUGAUGGCUUUGUCAGAGCAGUUACUUCUGAGCGAGGUUUCAGUAGUGGAAUGGAAAUUUUAAGAAUUAUGCAGCAGAGAAAUUUGAAGCCGUAUGAUUCUACUCUGGCAAGCCUUUCUAUAGGUUGCAGCAAAGUGCUCGAAUUGGAUUACGCUGAGGCUCUGCUGGAUCAAAUAUCUGAAUGUUCAUAUCCACAUCCUUUCAAUGCUUUUCUUGCAGCAUGUGACACAGUGGAUCAACCUGAACGAGCAGUGCAGAUGUUGGCUAAAAUGAAACAAUUAAAAGUUAUGCCUGAUAUUAGGACAUACGAGCUGCUGUUUUCAUUAUUUGGUAACGUGAAUGCCCCAUACGAAGAAGGUGACAUGUUGUCACAGGUGGAUGCUGCUAAACGUAUUAAUGCUAUAGAAAUGGAUAUGGCCAGAUAUGGUAUUCAGCACAGUUAUUUAUCAAUGAAGAACUUGUUGAAAGCACUUGGAGCAGAGGGGAUGAUAAGAGAGCUGAUCCAGUAUUUGGACGUGGCAGAGAAUAUAUUUUGUCGUAAUAACAUUUAUCUGGGAACACCUAUUUAUAAUACGGUGCUGCAUUCACUUGUUGAGGCUAAGGAAAGUCAAAUGGCAAUUAAGAUAUUUAAAAAUAUGAAGUCAUUUGGUUUCCCUGCAGAUGCUGCGACUUAUCAUAUAAUGAUUGAUUGUUGUAGCAUUCUAGGAUGUUACAGAUCUGCUUGCGCAUUGGUCUCCAUGAUGUUGCGAGAUGGCUUUUAUCCACUAACAGUGACUUAUACCAUUCUCAUAAAGAUUCUGUUGGAAGAUGAUGACAUUGAGGAAGCAUUGAAUCUUUUGGAUCAAGCCAGUUCAGAACGCAAUGAACUUGAUACCUUGCUAUUUAAUACCAUUCUUGAAAAAGCCUGUGAAAAGGAAGUGAUUGAGGUAGUUGAAUUUGUCGUUGAGUGGAUGCACCAUGAAAAAGUCCAGCCGGAUCCAGCGACCUGCCAUUUUGUUUUCUCUGCAUAUGCCAACAGUGGUUUUCACAGCACGGCCAUGGAAGCACUGCAGGUUUUGAGUAUGCGCAUGAUAUGUGAAGAAGAUGGUAGCUUUCCAGAAAAGGCAGAAUUUGAGGAUGACUUCAUCUUUGCUGAAGACACGGAAGCUGAAUCACGAAUAGUACAGCUUUUUAAAGGUUCUGAAGAGACUCCAAUUUCAUGGUCACCUAAUCAAAGCUCAUGGGCCAGAAGACUGUCAUCUAACUACACUGCCAGGAAAGGAGACACCUAAUCAUGAUUUAUAUAUAGGUGGCAUUAUGACUCCAGUGAGUUUCCCUUUAUUAUUAUUAUUUUUUGUUGUGGUUGAACGAAGCGUAAGGCCUCCUCAGGAAGGAAGGGGAGAGGGUGAGAAGCACAGAUGAGGUCUUGAUGAGGGUGUUAAAUACCUAGUGCAACUAACUAUCAUUUUUGUUUCAUUACGUUACUUUGUAAGUUACUGCUUGUAUAUUUAAAAGGUGAAAUCGUGCUUCAGCUCUCUAAAUAAGAUCAACUGUGCCUAGGAGGAGGAGGCAUGU